AUGUCUGCAGACUCUAAAAAUCAAAAGAAAGUUCUUUUUGUUUGCUUAGGAAAUAUUUGUCGUUCCACUAUGGCAGAGAUUGUGCUCAGAGGACUUGUCCAUUCAAGAGGAAUUUUAGAUGAUUUUCAAAUUGAUAGUGCAGGUACUUCUUCUUAUCAUAUUGGAGAUACUCCUGACCCAAGAACAGUUCAAUCAUGUAAUCAAAAUAUGGGCAGGGCAAUAUCAGAGGAAUCAUUGAAACACUUUAAAUCGAUUCCUUUACAUAGAGCAAGACAAUUUACAGAUGAAGAUUUUAGUAAAUUUGAUUAUAUCUUUGCAAUGGAUGAAUCCAAUUUAUCAAACAUUAAAAAAGUGUUGAAACACUCCACCACAAAGGAUAAUCAUAUUGCAACCAUUAAAAGAUUAGGUGAAUAUCACACACAUAAAAAAAUUAAUGUAGAAGAUCCUUACUAUGGUGAUAUGUCAAAUUUUAAUAUUUGUUUCAAUCAUGUUCACGAUUGUUUGGUAAAUUUUUUGAAAGAAAUAGAAUCUUUAAAUUAA